CUGAUAGGUGGCACUGACUGGCAUCACUCCUGGGCACUGACUGGCGGCACUGCUGGGCACAACCGUUGUGCACUGACUGGUGGCACUGACUGGCAGCACUGCUGGGCUGCACUGAUGGGCACUGGUGGGUGGCACUGGUGGGCACAGGUGGGUGACACUGGUAGGCACAGGUGGGGUGGCACUGGUGGGCACAGGUGGGUGGCACUGCUGGGUGGCACAGGUGGGAGGAGCUAGUGGGCGCACUGCUGGGCACAGGUGGGCGGAACUUGUGGGUGGCACUGCUGAGCACCGAUCAUCAGGGCACUGAUCAUUAGUGCCCUGAUGAUCGGUGCCAAUCCCUGCUCUAACAACUGCCGGUUCUUGGUAGUACUUUCCUCACGAUCUGACAGCUUGAGGAAAGUGCAGCCGAGAACCGGAAAUUGCAU